AUGGCUAAUCGAUCGUACCAUCGGCGCUCGGGGACGGACCUCCAUGGCAUGGAGGAUUUCCACCGCGCGGAACUCUCUUACCCGAGUCGUCGCGACGUCUCCCCUUCUCCCGCCUUCCCCCCGUACCACGACACUGGCCGUUCCCCGCGCAACUCCCCCCUUUCCCGCGGACACGCGGAGCAGGCCCCUCCGCCAUCGCAGAGGAAACAUCACCGGUCUCUAUCGCAACCUUUUUUUGACCCGCUGCCCGUAGAAAACAUUGCGGAGCGAAUCAACGCUCUUGGCAUUCCGAAUCUUCAGAGCAGCCCGUUGCGCGCCACCGAGAAUGAUUAUCGAGGGAAAAGCGGAGGGAGAAAGGGGUCGACUCGGGCUAGCAGCAAAGGCUCGCAUGUAGACGAAUGUGACAAUGUAGGGUUCGACGAUGACGAUUCGUCGGACGAUGAGGACGAGGACGGGAUCGAAGACCCGGAGGACGCGGAGCAGCCUCCCCCCGCCCGGCGCGCGCACACUGCGUCGGACGCCAUGCGCGGAAAGAAGGGCGCGCGCGCCAUCAGCGGGGCCAGCGGAAGCGGGAAGGACGCUGGGUUGUCGCUCAAGGGGAACGGCCCGCUGAGCCCCAGUGGCGGCUUGGGGGCGGUGUCGCGUUUCCACACCACCAGCAACGCGGAGAGACGGCACAGGGCGGAAGGCGGGAGGAGAACGUCGCUGGAGGGUGGAAACAUGAGUAAUCUAAGCAGCAGCAGUGGGUUUAGCAGCAGCACGGGGUCGUUAAGAGCGUCGGUCGACGCGCCGCAGAAAUCGUCCUCGAGGCGCCUGUCCGCGUCGGCGUCUUUUAAUCCGCGCUCCUCGCACGCUGCGACCACGUUCAACCACUCCGGACCGCACGCCGCCGCGCAUUCAGGGCCGCAGGCCGCGCUCUCCCCGCGCGCGGGCGGCCCAUCCGGCGGUGGAGGAUCGAAUCUCGGUUCCGGACCUCAGUCCAGGUCCGGUAAAUCCCGAACCACGGCAAGCAUGGCCGAGGCUGACGGUUUGGGGCUAGGUUUGGACAAGCUGGACGCUCUGCGGAGGGAACAGCAGCAGCAGCUUCAGCUGGCCGCUGCGGCUGCGGCAGGCCACGGGGGAACAGCGGCAGCGCGGCAGAUUCUAGGGUUGAAAGAGAGUGAGAGGCGGAGAGGACCAGGCUCGGGAUCGCUCGUGGCUCGGGAUGAUGUGGGUGGGAACCAUCACCAUUACCACCACGCGCAGCAGCCGCAGCAGCAGGUUCACCACCGUCAUCAGCAGUUACACGCAAGCAGCAGUGGCGGUAGCGGCAGCGGCGGGGGAGGGGGCGCAGGGAGCGCAGGCGGGGGAAGCGGGCAGUUCCGGCGGGGGACGUCCGCGGAUAACCGCUCCCCGCGCCACGCGCGAUUCGCGUCGGAGGUCCCGCAAGGUGGGAUGCACGGAAGCGGAGUGCACAGUAGCGAGGAUGCGGACGACGCGGCGGCGGCGGCGGCGGCAGGCGGAGGGACGGCCGGGCGCGCGGCGAACCGAGCUAAGCUGCGGUUCUCCAAGUCGCUUAAGAAGGUCGCGGGGGAGGCGGCGGGGGACGCGGAAGACACUCCGGCGGCGGACUCCUUCCUCCGCCGCCCGCCUGCUCUCGAACUCGGGAAAGUCUCCGCGGGGGCGGCAGGAAACGCGUCGUUUUCCGGGCCAGUGGUGCUGGGAUCCGGGGACGCGGGGCGGGAGGGGGCGCAAGCAGCGGGGGAAGCAGCGGGGGGCGCGGAGAGGGGCAGGGCAGCGGGCGGAGGACCAGUUUUGGAUCAGAGCAAGUCGGGGCGGAGGGCGUUCCUGGGUUUGCUCAAGGGGCUGCGCUCGCCGCGGCUGUCAGGCACGUUCGACCUCGCCACUGGCGCGGGGCUUAAGAGCCCUACAGGCGGAGACGACUGGGCCGCGGGCGCGGGUGCUGGCGCGGGCGCGGCAGCAGUAGGGGUUUCGCCGCGAGGAGCGGGGGGAGGGGGAGGCGGGGUUGCGGGGGGCAGGAGCGGGAGCCCCGCGGAGGCAGCAGCAGGCGAGCGGAAGAGCGCGUCCCGCCCGUCCCUCUCUCCCCUGCGCAGCCCGCGGCUCUUCUCCUUCAGCGGAUCCAAACGCUUCGAUAAGAGCCCACGCGGUAUAGCACACAGCCUCACAGGCACAGGCUCAAUGCGCAGCCCCCGGGGGGGAGGGGAUGGCGGGGGCAGCCCGGAGGAAUGGACAGUGGGCACUGGCGGGAAAGAGGGCAUCUUAAAACGGGGAUACGCGGACGUGCGGAAGGUGUACGAGGUGGGGGAUAAGAUAGGCGAGGGGCGGCCGGGCGUGGUGGUGUAUGCAUGCACGGCGCGGAGGAGCGGGCGGGCGCUGGCAUGCAAGUCGAUAGACAAGAAGACGCUGGAUGAUGAUAAGAAGGCGGAGGCGCUGCGGCUGGAGGUGGAGCUCAUGAAGCAGCUGGGCGUGCACGGGGGGAUCGUGUCGGUUCGAGACGCUAUUGAGGAUGAUACGCACGUGCACCUGUUGAUGGAGCUGUGCAGCGGGGGAGACCUGCUCAACUUCGUGAACACGGCGCCAGCCAUCUCGGAGCAGCAGGCGGCCACCAUAGUGAGGCGCCUGGCGGACGCCGUGCGCUACUGCCACCGCCAGGGAGUGGUCCAUCGGGACCUCAAGCCCGAGAACAUCCUCAUGGCCGCUAAGGGCGCCUGGUGGGACCUCAGAGUCGCUGAUUUCGGCAUCUCCGCCAUGCUUAAGCCAGGCGAGCGCAUUCGCGGGUACGCAGGCAGCCCGUUCUACAUCGCUCCAGAGGUGCUGGGUGGCGCAUACGCCUUCGAGUGCGACGUGUGGUCGCUGGGGGUCGUGCUGUACGUGCUGCUGGCACAGAAGCUGCCGUUCUGGCACGACUCGGAUGCGGGCGUGUACAAGCUGAUCCUCAAGGGCCACGUGGACACGCGCACCGGGCCGUGGACCAGCAUCUCGAGAGAUGCUAAAGGGCUCGUGCACCGCAUGCUCACGAGUGAUGCCAGCCAGCGCAUUACCUUGGAUGAAGUCAUUGAGCACCCAUGGGUGGUGGCGAAUCAGUGUGAGGUGCCAGAAGCACCGCCGCCCCCAUCAGAAGCAGAAACGAAGCAGGCCAAGAGGCGAAGAGCCAUCGCCCGGUCACGGGCCAACAUCAUUGCCUCCUUCCGCCUGCCCUUCUGCCUCACCCCUCUCACCAAUGAUUCCGUCUACAGUGACAGCGAGGGUGUAGUGUAG